AUGGUCAAUGCUCUUAACGAGAACUGGGACAAGCAUAUGUUACUUAUCAUGAUCUACAUGGUUAUUUCCGGCAGGUCCAUUGACAUUUAUUUCAGAGGACACGCUGCCGAACUCGUAGAGCUCCUGGAUUGGUACCGUGGUUACUUCUUCCAUAAGGCAGCAGACGAGGAUAACGAAGCUUCCGUUGACUUUAACGGAGAAGUCCUUCGUGCUGUGAAUAAGUGUGUAGUGCACCUUGGGAAGGCCUUCGCGCAAACGGUGGCUACACACCGCCGCUACCAUGGCCUGUCAACAGCACAGAAAUCCCGGCACAUGACCAACUAUGAGGCGUUCCUGGCUUACCGCCGCAAGAGUGUCGGAGUGGACGUCGAAAAACUUUGUCUCAUGCCCGGUGAUCCCGGCUUUGUCCUUUGGGCUUCGGCCAAACAGUCGUUUCAGACCGGUGUUUCGGCUGCGGUUGGUCUUCAGUUCGAGGGGGAACAGUUGGACAAGUAUCACAGCGUGGGUAGACGACGCCAAGCUCAUUCGCUAUCCUACAUAGAUACGGCCCAUACAGCAUCAACACAGUCUCUGAUAUGA